CGGGUUUUGGCGCAAACACCGCUCGCUGCCACAGAUAAUUUAUACAAAAAAGUUACGCGACAGUUAAUUUUCUAUUAUAAUAUUUUAGUGAAAAGGGGAAAGUUUCGUGACUUUGUGACCUGUGUUAAAUCGGUUUAUUUUAGUGUUGCGGCGUGACAAUCUAAUUUUAAUACAAUUAUUACAGAUGGAAUCGAGAUGUACCACAAGGUGAGGCGAAAAAUGUACUACAUUUUGGGAGCCAUUUUAUUUUUAAUUGGUCUGUCAUUCGCUCUGCCGAUAGCUUUAGACAUACCUGAGUCUUCGAAAAAUGAUAUUGAUAAUGAUAUCAUUGAUUUCGAUGAAGAAUAUUCAAUGAAAUAUAAUAAACAAUAUGGUAUUUUGCCAUGGAAUUCUGCUGAGUUUAAUAAGGAGUCGAAUAGAUAUGACAUAGACAAUGUGACGAAAGAUGAAGACGAAAUAAAUAAAACAGAACUGAUUACAACAACAGGAAAGGAUGAAUUAAAUGUUAUACCAAUAGAACUAAUUAGUACUACUGAAAGUUCACGAGACGAGACAACAACGGAAGACUUGACCGUAAUACCUCUAUCAUCUACUGAAAAAAGUAGUGUUUUCUUUAAUGAAACUGAAAUCAUAGUUGUAUCAACUGAAAAGUCCGAAGAUUUCAAUUCCACAACAGACUUUUAUGAAUUGACUACAAGUGAUAGGCCAGUUAUAAAUGAUAGUUUAAGUUUAAAUAAUAAUCCUGUAGAAAUAACCACCGAAUUUACAUCGACCAAUAGUACAGAAUUUAUAAAAGAAUCAAUAACAAUGACGACAAAUACAACAGCUACAAAUGCAGAAGAUUCCAUAACAAGACAAACAAAUUUAACUGAAACAAGUAAUGCAACAAUCACUGACAGAGAUAUAGAAAGUGCAGAAAUACCGGAUGUUCCCCUGUUCACAGAAUUAGAUACCGAAGAACAGGAAGUACCAGAAGAUUACUAUGACAAUAAAGAUAUUGUGCCAACUCCAACACCGAAGACUGACGCUCUUUCAGUACUCUUUGGAUUUGCUGGUAGCGUUGUAGAAGGAGUUGUAGAUAGUGUGGCGGAAAGAAUUUUCCCCAAGACUUUAUAUGAUCUGUUAAAGCGAAUGCAGAAACAGAAUGAAGCGCUAGAAGCAGAAAGAUUAAGAAGUAGAGAGGAGAAUGGUGGAAUUGGUCAAUUUACACGGGGCGUCAUUAAAUCCAUAUCCAAUGGUCUCACUAGGCCGUUGAGUCAGCUGAUGGCAGGUGCCAGAGACAUAGGGUCUUUGGAUAGUGACCGUGGCUUCGUCAGUAGUCUUGCAUCUGGUGUAACCAGCGUGGCAGAUGCUGCUAAUUCUAUGCUUGAUACGUUCAAGGAUCGAGUACAAGCUAUUUAUCCAGGGACUCUUUGGUGCGGAGACGGCCACUCAGCCCAAGCUAGGUCCAGUGAUCUGGGGCUGUUCUUCUUUACGGAUACCUGCUGUAGACAGCAUGAUUCCUGUAAGCUAUACAUUCCUAGUGGAGAGACCAAAUUUGGAUUGACUAAUACUGGUCUAUUUACGAGAUCGCACUGUAGCUGCGACGCCAAAUUCCGGGAAUGCCUAAAAAAGACCAACUCGCUGGUUUCUUCCCAGAUUGGACUUACAUAUUUCAAUGUGCUUGGCCCACAAUGCUUCAGACGAGCUCAUCCCAUCGUCAAAUGUGUGAGAAGGACCAGAUUGACCGGUCAAAAGUGUGAAGAAUAUGAGUUGGACUUCACCAAACCCAAAAUGUGGCAGUGGUUUGACAACGAGAGCUAUUAAAAGAUACAAUUUUUUGUGCAUGAAAAAUCAAGAUAAAUAUAUAAUAAUCGAGAUGGAUAUAAGGUAAAACACAAACGUUGUAGAUUCCAAGGAACUAAAUUUAAAUAUCAGCACAGCAGUUGCUUGGUGUGCAAGCAGUAAUAUCUAUGUUGCAUUGGAUUCAGUGACCAGUGAUAGAUAUUGCACCACCUUUAUGCCAACCUUCCACUGUGAGCGGAACGGACCCAUUACGGACUCCGCUAUACUCGUGACGAUGAUUUUCAUACAUUUUCAUUUCCGUGGGAAGAAUUCGAUUGAAUAUUAAAGUCGAUUAGUGCACAGCCGGGCAUCGGACCUACAACCUCAGGGAUGAGAGUCGCACGCAGAAUGAAAGAAAUGUCAUUUGCCAUAUGCUUCCUUAAAACUGUGAAUAACUAAUCUGGUAUCAAAUUUCAGAGACAUUACUAAUAUAAUAAUAAUAAUAAAGUCCGUUUAAUUUCCAAUUGAACUCCAACUGACGCUGUCCAUGGCAGUCUUUCUCCAUUCGCUUCCUGCUAUCGCUUCUAUCCACCUUUUUUUAGGCACCUUCUUCUCCUUUUCCAUACAGUUGUCUUUAAAGUUCACCUUUUAUCUGUGUAUCUUGCUAUAUGCCCCGCCUAUUUAAGCGCGCAAAUAAGAUCAAAGUAACUCCAAAACAAUUAGAUCAAGAUAUCAAAACAGAAGUCUUGCUAUAUUAGAACUUUGAUCACAUUUUUACGUUGUAUAUGGUUUUCACGUAACCUCUAAUGAAUUAAAAAUGGAAAAGUACAUGUAUUGAAUAAUGGGUCAAUAAGGCGGACCCAUAUGAAUUUACUUUAACAAUAUUAAUUAGUGUGUAUUAAAUUUAGUCUUUUUUUAAUACUGAUUCGUGUACAAACUGUAAUUAAUA